AUGAGCCUCAAAGUAAUAGCGCUGAUCUCCGGCGGCAAAGACAGUCUAUAUACCCCCCUACACUGUCUCGCGAAUGGCCACACGGUGGUCGCGCUGGCGAACCUCCACCCCGCCAGCCAGGAGGAAGAGGACAUCGACUCAUUCAUGUACCAGACUGUCGGACACGGAGUGAUCCCUCUGUACGAAGAAGCGUUAGGGAUCCCACUCUACCGAGCAGAAAUCCAGGCGGGGAGCGCAAUCGAGACGUCUCUCGUGUACGGCGCACAGAACAGCGCCGACGAAACGGAAGCGCUGGUCCCGCUGUUGAAAACGAUCAUGGAAACCCACCACGCCGACGCCGUCUGCACGGGCGCGAUCCUAUCCACGUACCAACGGACGAGAAUCGAGAGCGUCGCAGCGCGGCUGGGCCUGGUUUCCCUGUCGUGGUUGUGGAUGUAUCCGUUUCUACUCCCUGGGAACCGGACGGAAACCGCCUUGCUGGAGGAUAUGGCGAGUGUAUCGUGUGACGCGCGGAUCAUCAAGGUCGCGUCUGGAGGGCUGGAUUCCUCGUUUCUAUGGGGGAAUGUGUCUUCGUCGGAUGGCCGGCUACGGAGCCGCAUUGCGAAAGCCAUGGCGCGCUUCGUCGAUGUGGAGGAUGGGGAUGUUCGGGGCGCGGUGCUGGGGGAGGGAGGCGAGUACGAAACCCUCGCGGUGGAUGGGCCGAGUGUUCUCUGGAAGAAGAGGAUCGAGGUCGACACCGAGGUUGUCUCUGGCGAGGCGGGGGUGUCGUACCUUCGUUUCACUCGGCCGAGGUGUCUUCCCAAGGAGUCUGGGGAGCCUUUUGAAUUGAGACGGCCGCCUCUGUUGGAAGAUAGGUUUGAACGUUUGCUCCAGGAACACCAAGAACAAAUACUUUCAGAGUCGGUGAAAAACCAGUCAAGCCAGUCAAGCCAGUCAAGCCAGUCAAAGCAGUCAAAGCAGUCAAUUUCAAACCUUACAGCCGCUGGAACCUCUGCCGCCGAGCAGAUGGCCUCUAUUGCUACCACCCUCGACGAGACACUCGCCGCCUCCAACAGAACCACCGACGAUAUUGUCUUCGCCACCCUCCUCCUUCGGUCCAUGGCCGACUUCGCCAGCGUGAACGAUGUCUACGUCUCGCUCUUCCGGAAACCGAACCCGCCGGCUCGCGUGACGGUCGCUUGUCGGUCUCUCCCGGCGGGAGUGGACGUCAUGGCCUCGUUUGUUCUGGAUAGCUGUCCCCGCGAGAAGAGGGAUGGUCUUCACGUCCAGUCUCGCUCGUAUUGGGCGCCCGCAAAUAUCGGGCCGUACUCGCAGGCAAUCUCUGUUCCUCUGAACUCUACUUCUACUUCGAAGCUGGUGUAUGUCGCCGGGCAGAUCCCACUGGAACCCGCGUCGAUGAACCUCCCCGUCACCCAGGGAACGUGGAUGCAAGAUUUUAAUCUACAGGCCGUGCUGGCAUUACAGCAUCUCUGGCGCAUUGGGGCCGCGAUGCACGUCGACUGGUGGACGGGGGGAGUCGCGUUUCUGACAGGAGAAAAUGUUGCUACCAAGGCCUGGAUUGCUAGUCGUAUAUGGGAAGGAAUCCAUAAUUCUACAGAAAACAUCGAAAAAGAAGAAGAAGACGAUGUGGAUGCAUGGGACCUCAAGUAUGGACGGGCUGAGAGACACUACACAAGCAAAGCACCCGCCCUGCCCAACUUUGAUAUCGUCGAGUCUUCGUCGCCCGCCAUCCCCCCCUUCUUUGCAGUCCAGGUGGACGAGUUACCACGGAACAGCAGUAUCGAAUGGCAAAGCGCCGGGUUAAGCGGUGGGCAACUGCGUCUGAAUCAGGAGACAAAGCCGUACGGCCGCUGCACGCAUACACUAGUCGAUGGGGUGAUUCGCUUUUCAGCCAUCGAGGUUGACUGGGGCCAUUUGGAAGCAGCUUUACACCAACUCAGCCAGAGUCAGAGUCAGAGUCAGAGUCACCAAGCGACCAUCUAUACGGCGCAGCAGGUCUCAUGGCCGGGACAGAUUGUGCCUUGCAAGGCAGUCUGGGGGAGGGGGGGCAGACGGUUGGCGGCGGGGAUUCUCCUUAGCCUAAACCCUGGGUCUUGUUAG